UGAUGUCAGGCGAUCGAUAAACAAACAGAAGCAGCAGGCCGCAGGGGAACAGAAAUAAAUAUAAUCCCGAUUGCAAACCUUGUGGACGCCAUAUACACGCAUACAGUAUCACAACUCAACCAGACAUACGCACACACACACAAUGACUAGUCAGCCCGUACAUCUGUGGAUCCGUGCCGAGGUCAAGUCUCAGGAGCAUCGCGUACCUAUCACGCCCGAGAUCGUUAAAAAGCUCUUGGAUACUGGAUUUAAAAUUACCGUAGAGAAGCAACACGACCGAUGCGUUGCAGAUGCUGAAUAUGAAAAGGUUGGUUGCACAAUGGUAGAGGGAGGCACAUGGAGAACUGCACCCAGUGAUGCGUAUAUCUUUGGACUCAAGGAACUUCCUGAGAAUGAUGAUUCGCCUUUGACGCACACACACAUCUACUUUGGACACUGCUUCAAGUAUCAGACCGGCUGGAAGGAUCUUCUCGCGCGUUUCCGUAAUGGAAAGGGUGUUCUGUUGGACCUAGAGUUCUUGCAGGAUAGCGUUGGACGCCGAGUAGCUGCGUUCGGAUACAUGGCUGGCUACACUGGUACUGCUGUGGGAAUUGAUGUAUGGUGCAACCAGAAGUUGGGUUCGGGUGCUCUCGAGAAGGUUAACGCCCCCUAUCCUGAUGCGGACGCGCUUAAGAAGUACCUGAAAGAACGUAUUGACGCUGCUGUGGAGAAGGGUGCUGUACUGCCCCGUGUUGCAGUGAUUGGGGCACUAGGCCGAUGCGGUCGAGGUGCCUGUGACUUUGCGACGGAGGUUGGCAUCCCGGAAGAUAACAUUGUUCGUUGGGACAUGAAUGAGACCAAGGGCGGAGGUCCUUUCCCUCAAUUACUGGAUGUCGACAUCCUUGUGAAUUGCAUAUAUCUCACAGAGAAGAUCCCUCCUUUCAUCACCACAGACAUGCUGAAGGAAACCUCAGAGACUCGCAAGUUGUCCGUGCUGGUGGAUGUCAGCUGCGACUACACAAGCGAAAACAACCCCGUACCUGUGUACACUGAAGGCACCACAUUCAGUAACCCCACGGUGGUGGUGCCAGACGUUGGAAAGGUCAUGGAAGUAGUGGCCAUCGAUCAUCUGCCCACACUCCUACCUAAGGAAAGCUCAGAACGCUUCGGCGCAGACCUCCUCCCCACACUACUCGCUCUGCCACAGGUGAAGGAGGAUGAAGUUUGGUGCAGGGCUCGCAAGCUGUUCGAUGACAAAUUGGCGGAAGCUGAGAAAUAAGCAUAUCUCGCUGACUUCUAGGCUGGAAAGAUGUUGUAGAUAGUUUUAUAGAUCCAUGGCGCAGAGCUUAACAGCCACGUCGAUGCCCGAACACAUCCAAGUCGAGUCUAUAUAACUCGAAUGCCUUGGAAUGUGUACCCGGUGUAUGGUAUCGUACAAUAAAACCUAGUACCGCUAAUGUGAUCCAUGGACAAGGCAGAACAUAGAACGGUUUAUAACAUUGAACCUUAAUUGUGGUACAUAGGUAGUCGUAUAUUGAUAUUCAAACACGCAAUUUAG